AUUAGUAAUUGUUGUUGUAACGCACUUCGAAAAUCCAAAUUAAAACAGAAUAGAGUAUACUCGAACUCCGAUGUCUUCUUAAAAUCCGGCCGUCCAAAUGAAUCGUUAUCACCACCUCUUAAUAACGAUAAAUCCAACGGUCGAUCUUCACUCUCAGAAACCCUCAAAACACAAAGCCCGCGAAAGAGGAGAAAGAAAUGCAAGCUAUGUGUGGAAGAGGAAGGUGUACUCUGCGAGCGGAUGGCAUUGCUCAGGCCUGCCAUUUCAACUCUCGCCCCAUCCUCCAUGUCCACAUGGAUCGGUAUCGGCCGUCGUACAACGUCGCGCCGGGGUUCAACGUGCCGGUGGUUCGACUAGACGAUGGCGGUGGCGAUUGCGUCGUUUCGCACUGCAUGAAAUGGGGGCUGGUUCCUAGCUUUACUAAGAAAACUGAUAAAGUCGAUCACUUUAAGAUGUUCAAUGCGAGGUGUGAAUCGAUAAGAGAGAAGGCUUCCUUUCGUCGACUUCUUCCAAAGAACAGGUGUUUGGUCUCUUUUGAAGGAUUUUAUGAAUGGAAGAAGGAUGGAUCUAAAAAGCAACCUUACUACGUCCACUUUAAGGACGAUCGUCCAAUGGUUUUUGCUGCUCUAUUCGAUUCUUGGAAAAAUUCAGAAGGUGAAAUACACAUUAAUGAAGAACAUGUCCAUAAGACUACGACCAAUGCACUUUUGCUGAGCCAUUUUUGUACUGUUUUUCCCAUUCAUUAUUCAGGAGAAACGCUUUACACCUUCACUAUUAUCACUACUUCAUCCUCAUCAUCUCUGGAAUGGCUUCAUGAUAGGAUGCCUGUAAUCCUGGGCAGCAAAGAAUCAACUGAUUGGUGGCUGAAUGAUUCUUCUUUGUCCAAUCUUGACAAAAUACUCAAACCAUAUGAAGAAACAGAUUUGGCCUGGUAUCCUGUCACACCUGCAGUUGGUAAAAUUUCUUUUGAUGGACCUGAGUGCAUUAAGGAGGUAAAACUGGAGGAGACCAAGACAAUCUCUCAGUUUUUCUCAAAGAAACAAGCAAGCAAAUCAGAGGAUCCAACAUCUGAAAAAACACCGAUCAAAGAAGAGCUCCAGGAAUGUAUUGCACCAAAAAUUGAGAAAGAGGAACCUCAAAAUCAGUCUACAGUUGAAAGCGCUGCAAUGAAGGAUGAAGCUAGUGUGAUGGAAGAACCAAAACAAGAAAUUGUGAAAGAGGAACCUUGUAGCCAAGAAGAAUCUGUUACAAAAACAGGCAAGAGUGAUACCAAAGAUGCAGAUCAUGCAAAGCCAUCUGCUAAAGAAACUGAUAGGCUAAGGCUACUGCACAUGAGUCCAAUCAAGAAAAGAAGAAUUGGGGCCAAUGAUAAACAAGGACAAGGGGCGGGUGAUAAACAACCAACUCUAUUUUCCUACUUUGGUAAUCACUAAUAGUCGGUUGGUUUGUGGUUUUGUUAUAUUAGCACAUCUUAUGUAUAUAUUAGCUUAUGGAGAAUAUUAGCUGGAGGUUCUGAACUAGGUUAGGUUUACAAGAAUAGAUUCACUAGAAAUUUUUGUGUAUAACCAUCAUUAGGUUCUUUGAUGGUUUGAUGUUCUAGUUAUAUCUAAUUCUUGAUCUGAUUAAAAGCCACCCAAUAUGAAAAACCACCCAGAUUUUCAAGUAGCUAAUGAGUUUCUUUUUCUCUUGUGCUUCAAUAAAGAUGAGACAUCACGAAAUCUCUUCUUAGCAAGAGUCAAAUCUCCCUUGCGUGCUGCAGUAUAGCAUAGUUCUCAUAAAAUUGGGGUUUUCAAAUUCUCGGUAAGCUGGGUUUGAGCCUCACGGGAUGAGUUGGACUGGUUGGUUUGCUAAGCUUCGUGUGCACUCUAUUCGAGGUAUUUUGGUCCUGGUUGGUGUUGUUGCUCAUUGCCAUUGGGUUGUUGAGACCUUCUGGAUAUUCUCAUCUUCGUGUUGAUUCUUUUUUGUAAUAGACGAAUACACUUUUUUCUUUAUUGCCAUUUUCUCUAUAGAUUUUUCGCCGUAAAGUGAAAACUAGGCUCGGCUCCUAUUUCGCAAUAUAUGCUGUCAAGGCUUUCCUUUUCAUAAUCAAAUUGUAAGUGUAAAGUAAGUAAUAUAAUGUGAUAAUUUCUUGAAUUGUAGAAUGUCAUAAACUUUUGUUUACACUCGAUUCAAAUAAAAUUCACUCACAAAAACUUGAACACAUAUUAAUGGCGCAAGUUUCUAUUGCACAAAAAGCUCGCAAUCCUAAUGUUUAGCAUAUCCAAUUUAAUUACAGUAAAAAAGGAUAUCAUUUUAAUGAUCGGUCUAGUACCUACUACCUAGUUUACCAUAUUGUCACUUCUGAUGAAUAUAUCAACUUUAAUUUUUUUUUAAAAAGUACUUCAAAAGCCAAAAUUUUAAUAGGAGUAUUAGAUUAAAAAAACUAGAAAAAUAUUUAUUUACAUACUUACUUUCUAUAAAAAAAUUACUCUUUUUCUAAUAAAUCUAUUAAAAAUGACUCCUUUUAACAAACAAUCAGUCAAAAUUUGCUGCACAGUCACUUUCGAUAAAUAAGUUUAUUUUUAUUUUUAAAAUUUAAUUUUAGUAAAAAAAACAUACUAUCAGGAAAGAAAAUGUAGAAAAUACUUGUCAAAAUAUCAUGACUCAUAGCAAAUAAUCCAAAAUUAAUCAAUGGCUUUAAGAAAAACAGGUCUUUUUAGGUCAAGAAUAAUAGAAAAGGCACCACCCACUCACCCACUCACCAUCCCAUCAUAU